AUGAAAAAGUUCAGAGAAUUAAAAAAGACCGGGGAUGGAACAUUUGGAGUUGUGAUCAAGGCUGAAGACACGUAAAGUCAUGAUUUGGUGGCCAUUAAAAAGAUGAAAUAGAAGUAUCACAAUUUUGAAGAAUGCACUAACUUAAGAGAAGUUAAAGCUUUGAUGAAACUUUAAAAUCACCCAAACAUUGUCAAGCUUAAAGAACGUAUGAUUUGAUUCAAAUUAGUGUUUCUGGACAAUGACACUCUCUGUCUUGUCUUUGAGUUCGUAGACAAAAGCAUCUAUCAAAUGUACAUACAGCAAAAAGAGAUGGUAACCAAAUAUAACAUGAAGCAUAGGGCAAAACCAUCCCAGAAGAUCAAAUCAAAUCCCUCAUUUACCAAGUAGCCAAUGGACUCAGUUACAUGCAUAAACAUGGCUACUUUCAUCGAGAUCUCAAACCAGAAAAUCUCUUGGUCUCCAACAACGGCGUUGUCAAAGUUAUAGAUCUUGGAUGCGCAAGAGAAAUCAGAUCAAGACCACCAUACACAGAUUAUAUUGCUACCAGAUGGUAUAGGGUAAAUUCUUUCAAUUAAUUCAAUCCAAGGCUCCAGAGAUUCUCUUGAAACAAGCCAAUUACAAUAGUCCAGUCGAUAUAUUUGCUCUGGGUUGCAUCAUGGCUGAAUUGUUUUUAAAUCGACCUCUAUUUCAAGGCAAUUCGGAAUUAGAAUAGUUCAAUAAGAUCCUUUCCACUCUUGGGUAAUUUCAUUAUUUAACUUCUUCCUUUAGUACUUUCACCUAAUCCGAAUGGCCAGAAGGAUGUAGACUAGUCUCCUAAAUGGGAUUAGCAUUGGCAUAAUUUUAACCUCUUUAAUUACAAUAGCUCAUACCCAAUGCCAGCACUGAAGCCUUGAAUCUAUUGACUCAAAUGAUUAGAUGGGAUCCCAAUAAGAGAAUCACUGCCACUCAAAUGUUAACACACCCAUUCUUCUACAACAUUGAAAAAAUUGCACCUCCCAUCAUUUUCGAAGAGCAAGUCAAAUCUAAAGAUGAAUUGAAAUUUCCAGAAAUGGAAAAAAAACCCAAAUCUUACAGUCAAAAAGAAGAACCUCAGAAUCAAUUCAAACAAAAAUAAUUUGUCCAAUAAUAACCAAUAGAAGAUGAUAGCAAUGAUCUAGACGAUAUUUUGGAUUUCAUCACCACUGAAAAUAAACCGCUGCCUUCCAAAUAAUCUACUUAAUCUUCCAAAAGUUUAGAAUACGGGGAAUACGUUCCAUCUAUCCCUUAAAAUAGAUAACCGAGGAAUUUGUAAUCAAGCCAACUACAAGAAUAAUAAAAAAAGGACAAUAAUUCAAUCUACGAUUUUAGUCAUUUGCAGAGUUUCAAACCUGCCAAAAUGCCUAAUACAAAUUCUAAAUAUUGAUCAGUGAUUCUAG